UGUGUGGGUAGGAUAUUUUCCGCCAUUAUUGCACCAUGCCUCCCAAGCAGAAGAAGAACGAACCAAGUAAAAAAAAUGUAGAAAAAAAGAAGGAAAAAGUCAUCGAGGACAAAACAUUUGGGCUAAAAAACAAGAAGGGCAAGAAGCAACAGGAAUUCGUAAAACAAGUUACUCAACAGGUCAAAUUUGGCGGGAAUCCUUCGGCUAGAAAGCUUCAGCAGGACCAAGAGAAGAAAAAGCAAGAAAUUGAAGCCAAAAAGAGGGAAAAGGAAGAAGCAAACAAACUUUUUAAACCAGUCAUAACACAAAAAGUAUCAGCUGGAGCUGACCCAGCAUCUGUUGUGUGUGCCUUCUUCAAACAAGGAGCAUGUUCCAAAGGAGACAAAUGUAAAUUUUCCCAUAAUUUGAGUUUGGACCGAAAGGGAGAGAAGAGGAGCAUUUAUGUUGACAAACGAGAUGCAGAAGAAGAUCUUAAAGAUGAUACCAUAGAUAAAUGGGAUCAGAAAAAAUUAGAAGAAGUCAUUGAGAAAAAACAUGGAGCUAAGGAAAAAUGCAUGCCAAAGACUGAAAUUGUGUGCAAGUAUUUUCUUGAGGCUCUAGAUAAAAACUUGUAUGGCUGGUUCUGGUCCUGUCCCAAUGGUACUACAUGUAUAUAUAGACACGCUCUUCCCCCUGGCUUCGUAUUUAAAAAGAAACAAGAUAAAGAAGUUAAGGAAGAGAUUUCUAUAGAAGAAUUUAUUGAAACAGAGAGAAUGAACCUUGGACCCAAUUUAACAAAAGUCACAUUAGAAACAUUCUUAAUGUGGAAGCAGAAAAAGUUAAAAGAAAAGAAAGAAGCAUUUGCAAAAGAACAGGAGAAGAAGAAAGACGAUUUCAAGUCAGGCAGAAUUGUUGGCAAGGUCAGUGGUCGGGAAGUGUUCCAGUUUAAACCUGAAUUAGCAGGAGCAGAUGCCGAUGAGGAUGAAGAAACAGAAGAUAUAAGUAUUUACAGAAAAAAGGAUGAAGAUGAUGAUGAUGAUAUAAAAGUAGUUGACGUAACUGUUGAAGCAUUAGCUGCAUCUGCUAAGGAAGUAGAUGGAACAGGGACUGUGAACAAACAAAAAAAUAAAGAUACUGAAAAGAACCCUAAAGAUACUUCAGCAACAGAUGAAAAUGGUCUGGAUGAAGCCUGUGGAGGUGGCUCUAAUGUAAAUCAACCUGAAAAUACAGCACCAGUUGUCGAUGGCAUACCUAUUGAAGAAAGUUUAUUUGAUGAGGAUAUUGAUGAUCUAGAACUGGAUGAAUUAGAAAUAGUUGAUUAAAUUAGAAUUAAAAUUCCUCUAAAAAUAAACAAUUGACAAAA